AUGCAUGGAGUUGUGGAUAAGCGCAUGGAACACAGUGUGGUCUCUCCACCAGCGGUGCGAUUCAGCUCCGAUGAAGUUGACAUGGAUUCUAUGAAUCGCUUUGUCUGGUGGCUGAGUGGCUCGGUUCAACAGCAAGAUCGGCGGAGAUAUGGACUCUUGUUACAG